AUGGAUCACAACAACGUAAUCGCCUGGCUGCUGCCCACAUCAACAAACCAAACCGCCCUCGAGGCCGUCCGCCUGCCCGAAAACACCAACCGCCGCAUCGCCGCCAUCCCCUCCUCCUUCGAGCCCCUACCGACACCCAACCCAGACAACACCACAAUCAACCCCCUCCUCCUCAACAAGACCACCUCACCCACCACCACCCCUAAACCCCGCCCAGCCCUCGAGCUCUCCUUCACCAACCCGCCCAAAAACCACACCGGCUUCGUCCUCGGCACCGACCCCGGAGCCGACAUCCUGCUCCCCUCCCUCCCGGGCAUCGCCCCGCGCCACUGCGUCCUCACCUUCGACGCCGAGCGCCGCCUCAUCCUCCGCGACACCUCCGCCACCGGCACCGCCGUCUGGUACGACGCCUCCUCCAACGGCGACCGCGCCCGCGAGUCCUGGCUCCUCUCCGCCGGCACCUCCUACGGCUUCCCCUCCAUGGUCGACCGCCUCGUCAUCGACAUCCAGACCGUCCGGCUGCAGGUCGUCGUCAACGACGUCGCGCCCCUCAGCGACCCGGACGCCUACGAGCGCAACGUCGACGCCUUCAUGGACCGCCUCGCGACUCUAACGCUGGACGAGAUCAGCGCCCGCGAGGAGCUGAGCUUCGACCUCGACUUCCGCGACUUCGGCAUCGACUUCAGCUUCGACGACCUCAGCUUCGGCCGCGCGAGCGGUGUGGGCGCGUAUGAGGACGACGGGCUCAUCGGGUACGACUACGAGAUGGACGUCGACGACAGGCGGGACUACCUCCCGCCCCUGCCCUCCGAGGUGGCCCCCGUGUUCGUCAAGUACAUGUUCGCCUCCGACGACGGGCUGCCCCCGGACACCUACCUCUGGAACACCGCCCGGCCGUGGGAGCCGAUGGUCAAGGUCACCUGCUGA